CACUGGCAAAAAGAAAGAUUCACAAAGCAGAUUUCUGUACAUACACAGCCCCACAAAAUCUGACGCCGAACAAAGUAGCAUCCUUUACUCACCUUCCUUCAUAUCGCAAAACCGAACCAUGCCUCGUCCCCAAUCUCGGCCGGUCUUCGUUAUUGUACCUGGCGGUUCCCAAAAUCCUGGACACUAUGGCUACUUGUUCCACCUCCUCCAGAGCCAUGGCUACCCUACUCUGUCAGCACUACUUCCAUCCACCGGGACUGGUGAAAAUGUCAGUGUGCAAGAUGAUGUAGACUACGUUCUCAAGCGUAUGCUACUUCCAAUCCUAGACACUGAGAAGCACGAUGUGAUUCUGGUCACCCACUCCUACAGUGGCUUGCCUGGCAGCGCCGCUGCAAUGGGUCUGAGCAAGGCCGACCGUGCCGCCAAAGGCAAGAGUACCUCUAUCUUAGGGCAAAUAUCUAUCGCCGCUAUCAUAACACCGGGAGGGGAUGGAAAGGAUGUUGUUGAUACCUUUGGUGGGCAACUUCCACCUCACCUGUCUACUGAUGAAGCUGCCGGUCUGCUCACCUGCGAAGACCCAGGACCACCCUUGUAUGGGGAUGUAUCGCCCCAGGUAGUGCAAGACGCUGCAGUCUUGUCAACGAUGUGUCCAAGCUUAGCUUCAUUCAAAACUCCAUGUCCACGCGCGUCCUGGGACUCCUAAUCUUUCAAGGGUCGUAUUGCCUACAUCCGUACAGUCAAGGACCAGGGCAUUCCUUAUGAGAUCCAGAAUAUGAUGAUACAAGCAAGUGGGUCGAGUGGAUCAUCAAAGAUAUUGAUACCGGGCAUAGCCCCCAGCUUGUUGCCCCAGAGAAAUUGUGCGAGAUGCUGCUGGAGUUGGUG